UUUUUAACCAUUAUACCCUUGGUUAAGUUUCCUUGUGUAUAAAUACAGAGCCAAUUCGAAUUCCACUAUUUUCUCUCUCCAAUCUCCAUUGCCACAUUUCUUCAAUUUGAACUCAAUCAACAUACUCAAUCAAUCGUUUUUUCUUCAGAAGUUUUGAAUUGAAUCUUCAGUUAUGGAUAGGAUCAUAAAUCUUGAAGACGAUGAGGAUGAGUCAGUGCACUCUGGAGCAGAUGCUGAUGCUAUGAAAAGAGAUAUUUCAUUCUCUCAAGAGAACAGUCAAACGUCAAGUCAGAUGUACUCACAAUGGCAGCCUUCUAUCCAAGAUAAAAACAGUGGUAACAAAUCCGAGCAGCAAAAUAUAAGGACUCAAGAACAAGAAUCAUCUCAAGUGGAGAUGAAGGAAGAUGGAUGUAGUAUGAAUAUUCAGACAAAACUCGAUGGCUGUCAGACGCCUAGUGGUAGGUUGGCUGCGACUAAGAUGGGCGCAAAGUCAAAGAGAAGCCUUAAUCAGCAGCCACAUCCGAGACUUAAAACUGGCACUGCACCCCAAUUGUCUGAUCCUUAUUCAUUUGGGCUUCUAUAUCAGAAGAGCCAUAACACUCCAGCCCUGACACGGACUUCUACUUCAACCAUGCCUCAGACCAACAUGUCCACUAUUUCAAUGCAACAUGCUCCUGUUCCUUGGCAGAUAAGGUCUCAGAGUAUAUCUGUUACUCCUACUAAUGGUAUUGAGAGCAACUCCAAGGCAUCAGCUAAAAAGCCAUCUAUUGGUCUGAAGAAGCCACUUGAUCCUUCACCAUCUCUUCCAAGUAAGAAGCAAAAGUUUUAUGGGGCUUUCUCCGAUCAAAGCAUCGAACAUCUUAAUGAUGUUACUGCUGUUAGUGGGAUUAAUCUUACGGAAGAGGAGGAACAGUUAUUUUCUGGUCCCCAGGAUGAUAGUAGAGUAUCAGAAGCAUCUCAUAAGGCUGUUCAAAAACAAAAGGACAGACUGAUUCUGCAAAAGGUUCCUCUCCAGAAGAAGUUGGCAAAAAUAAUGAGAAAAUAUGGGUUGAAGAACUUGAGCCAUGAUGUGGAGCGGUGCCUCUCACUUUGUGUAGAGGAAAGAUUGCGUGGCUUGAUAAGUAGUCUGAUCAGAGUGUCAAAACAGCGAGCUGAUUUUGAAAAGUCAAGGCAUGGUACUGUUGUCACUUCUGAUGUUCGAGAACAAAUUUUGGCCAUUAAUCGAAAAGCUAGAGAAGAAUGGGAUAAGAAACAAGCUGAAGCUGAGAAACUCCGGAAACAAAAUGAAUGUGACAGCAGUGCCGUAGUUAAUGCUGAGAAAGAGAAAGAUAAAGGACGUCCAAAGUCACUGAAGAUACCAGUAAACAAAGAAAAGGAUGACAAAUUGCGUAUAACAGCAGCAAAUGUAGCUUCCCGAGCUGCUGUUGGGGGGGAUGAUGUGAAAUUAAAAUGGGACCUUAUGGUACAAGCUCGUCAAUUAGCGAAUUCUGUUGGGAAUGAAAAGGAAAUUCGAGGAACUGGACAAAGGGAUCUUUCUGCAUCUGGUCUGGUGACACAAGGUGGUAGAAGCCAGGUUGCUGCAACAUCUGUUAGGGUAGCUCGGCGUAUCUCCAUCAAGGAUGUGAUUGCCGUGCUGGAAAAAGAACCUCAGAUGGCGAAGUCCACAAUAAUGUAUCGUCUCUACGACAAAAUGCAUGAUGAUCCUGCUCAAACUGAGUGAAAGGGGGGGAUUUAUGGCUUCAUUGUAUCAGCUUGUUAGUGUAGAAGUUGCAACAACGUUGGUUACCUGUUUAGUGUAUAGUGCCCAUGAAGUUUUGCUCUUACCACUUACGGUGCCACUUAUGAGUUCUUGUGAACCUUUCUUUUUUCCCCUUUUUAGGUAAAGUCCUUGUUGUGAUAGAAAUGAACAAGAACAAAAAAAGUUUUAGCUAAUGUAAUGAAUACCAAUUGUUGUUCCGAAAA